UCCUGUAGCUUACGCAUACCGGGGCAUAGGUAGAUGGCUGAAACCUUGGACCAGGUCUGUGCUGUUCCUGUUAUCAGAGGAACUAAUUGCCCUCUGGUAUUUAAUUACUUGUUGGAAUGUAUUUGUAUGUUUGAAACUGUCUUACCUGUCAGUGUGUGCUAGAGUAAGAGCUUUGCUUUCACAUUCCCGAAAAGAACUUGGAAGAGAAGCAGGGGUAUGUUGUAGCGACUAUGUAAGCUAAGAACUAUGACCUCUUUCAGUUAUACUGUAUAAUCAUUUUAAUGUUGUUAACUAGUGAAAUUGGGGCACAGUGCAGGAGGCUAUGGUUUCUCACGUGGUAGGCAGACACAAAAGCUGGGUGUAUUAGGACAGACUAAAUCACUUCCAUUUUGAAGUUCAGGAUUACAAACGAAUACAAACUCAGUGUAAGCCUGACUUCAGUAGGCUUGGGUUUUGGGGUGGGGGGGGUUAAGUUUAGCUGAUUCUAAAAAUAGUCAUCUUGGGUUUAUUGUGAGUUCAUGUGAUUUCUGGAUUAGUUGUGUGAAUUGCUUGUACAGUAACCAAAUGCAUAAGCAGUUAGGCUUUGUCAGAGCAAACUCAACUGUAAGUGUCUAUUACAUGUGUGUGGAGAUGUUUGAAAACUGGGUAUCUCUUCUAGUGAGAGGCAUUGAAAGAUAAUUCCAAAACGUCAAUGCUAUUUUCUGCUGACCUUCCUUUUGUUAACUCUUCAGUGAAACUGCUGGGUGUAAGAGUUCAUAAAAUAUGGAAUCAGUAUCGUAGAGUAUCUCUUUUUGUUUCUUGUUAUCUUGACUGAUUUUAAAAUACAGAGGUUGUUACUGUAGCAGUUGAUCUGUAUGCCAAUUCCAACCAAUUCAACCAUACUCUCAUGAAGUGACCUCAGUUUUAAAAAGAAGGAAAGUGGUUCUGUAACUGAAGCACAAAGCCUUUAAGCUUUGUACCAUAUAGCCUAGGUUAUACGAUGGGAAAUAAUUACAGUCUAUAAUUAAAAUACAGAGCUGGCAGGUAAGUUACCAUCUGACUAGGAAAAGGAGUAUGGGGGUUUUUUUUAAUUCUUUUAAGUGACCAUUAAUAAGGGAAACUUAGUAACCAAGCUAUGCGUGGGGUAUGUGUAUGGUUAAAAGAGCACACUCUGCAAUUUUUUUUUCUUUUGUAGAAUUUGCAACUGUAAUUAGUAAAUUACCUAAACUCCCUCCUCCCAUGCACAUUGGUCUUACCAGUAGGAGCCAAGCUGUUUGCCUCUGAAUUAAGGACAGAAUUCAUGGUGCUGUUUCCCUUCCCCCACUCUUUCUUCCUGAACUCAUUUGAGUUUUUCUGGUAACUCAGGGGUUUCAGGUCAGGUUAAAGGGAAAACCUCCUCUUGAAUCCUCACAAGGAACUUCUUGGCAGUAAGGAUAGCCUCUCCUAGCAGGAAUAGAGCUGUAACUUUUACUAGAAACCAACCAUUGGAAUAAUCACUCUGGUAGAUCACUGCCUCAGGCCUUGUUCCUCCUCAGUACUUUUCUAAAAAAGUGUAUUAAUGUCUAGGUGCUUAAAAUUUUCCAGAUCUAAAGUAGACGGAGCCUGGAGAAGGGAAUAGAGACAACAUCAGUGUAUAAGUAGAUCCACUGAUGCCAUAACUGAGGACUGAAAUCCUGCCAACUGGGUCUGAGCAAUGAUCACUCUGUGUUGGAGGUGAUGAGCUGGACUGGGUGGAGAACUUCCAAAACCUAGAACCUGUCAGUCAUGAGCAUUCAUUAUUGUGUUUGGUUUCUUUUUUUUCCUCACUCAACCUAAGGACAAUAUAUUUUUCAAGUUCUUCAAGUAUUCUUGCACAACGAGGAAAAAGAAGAAACAUUUCGGUGAAUGAGGAGUUUUCUGCUUCUAUAGUGUUUUCCUUGAGAAGUGGGUCUUUGAAUGAGGAUGACAAUGGAAGAGAUGAAGAAUGAAGCAGAGACCACUUCUAUGGUUUCCAUGCCUCUCUAUGCUGUUAUGUACCCUGUCUUUAAUGAGCUAGAAAGAGUAAAUCUAUCUGCAGCUCAGACACUGAGAGCAGCUUUUAUUAAGGCUGAAAAAGAAAAUCCAGGUCUUACACAGGACAUCAUUAUGAAAAUUCUGGAGAAAAAAAGUGUGGAUGUGAACUUCACAGAAUCUCUUCUGCGUAUGGCAGCUGAUGAUGUAGAAGAGUAUAUGAUUGAAAGACCAGAACCAGAAUUCCAAGAUCUUAAUGAAAAGGCACGAGCACUUAAACAGAUUCUUAGUAAGAUUCCCGAUGAGAUCAAUGACAGAGUGAGGUUUCUUCAGACAAUCAAGGACAUCGCGAGUGCAAUAAAGGAACUUCUUGACACAGUAAAUAAUGUCUUCAAGAAAUACCAAUACCAGAACCGGCGGGCACUUGAGCACCAAAAGAAAGAGUUUGUAAAAUACUCCAAAAGUUUCAGUGAUACUCUGAAAACCUAUUUUAAAGAUGGAAAGGCAAUAAAUGUGUUCGUAAGUGCCAACCGACUAAUUCAUCAAACCAACUUGAUACUCCAGACCUUCAAAACUGUGGCCUGAAAACUGUAUAUGUUGAGAGUUGUACUUUUCAAUGGUGGAUAGGGUACCUUUAUAUGUAAAUUUUAAAGUUUUGACUGUAUAAAUUAUCAGCCCCUCUCGAGGGGCCUAAUGCAGGAUUUUGAAUGGGAUUAUUGCCAUCUUACACCAUAUUUUUGUAAAACAUUGUAGCUUAAUCAUAAUCUCACAAUGAAGAUUUUGCAUCACUUUUUGCUAUUAUCAUUCUUUUCAGAAUUAUAAGCCAAAAGAAUUUACGCCUUAAUGUGUCAUUAUGUAACAUUCCUUAUAAGAAUUGUAAAUAUUUGGUGUUCUGUUUCUGACAUUUUAACUUGAAAGCGGAAAACUGCAAGAUUAUGUAUUUAACAAUAUUGGUGGCAAAUAUUCAAUAAAUAGUUUACAUCUGUUAGACUGUCUUUUUGUAUGUGAACAACAAUGCAUAACUCAUCUUCCUAGAACUGCAGAACAUUCAUUAAAUGGAAAAAUAAGAAUUAUUUGGGUGCUUAAAGCUACUGGCAGUUCAAAUCAGUAUAAAAUUAGGGUUUUUUUUCUUAAAGCUGAGAUUUUUUUGGCUGUGACCUAAUACUAGACCAGAAUACUAGAAUAAUUCUAUUUAAAUGUCUUUGGCAAAAAAAUAAAGAACCCCAGAAGUGAGGUGUGCUUUUGUUUUUGAUAGAAACUAAAUCCCACUUCUUUCUUAAUCUUCUGUUGAUGCUGAGUUAAGAGGUUUUUAUUCCUAGACUACUCUGAGCUUUUAAGCAGAGAACUACUUUAAACAUAUGCAGCUGACUAUGCAGCAAAGGGUGAAUUUAAAAUAUUAAGAUAAGUGGGUUUUAUAUUGGUACCCUUUGGGGGAGGGAGGAGGAGAGAAGAUAGAACUCUUCAAGGUAGCACUAGUGAUGUCUAUACUAUGCAUGCCAUAUGGCAAUGUUUUUUUUCAGGGACUGAAAUCAUGUGAGACCUCGAUUGAUAAAACUUGUUUGUGUAGAUGGUUAAGAACUGCUGAUGGAGAGAUUCCAAUUUUAUCAUUGUGAUUUCGUGGUGACAUUUCACAAGUUCUAAUGAGUAUCUCGCAUUCCCCUUUGAAGCCCACCUUGAGUUUAUUUUGAAAUAGAAUUGUUACAGAAUAAACUUCUGAAAAUCUUCAAAAUAUUUACAUGGCCAUACCUAGUAAGUUUAGGGAAGAAUGUGAAGCAGUUUAUGAAGCUGCACGAGCAGUUGCAGGAGGAUCGCUUCAGACUGAAAGAGCACAAUUGCUACAGAACUAUUCCUUGUUCAGGUAUAAAGGGUGAAGAAUAGGUACAGCCAGACUUCUCUUGCACACUGGUCCGGUGCUGUAUUGCUCAUUUGGGGCAAGUGCCUUAUCCAGAGUUCAGCAGCUGGGUCUUUGAAUUUGGUUACCUGCUUAAAUGAUCUCAAGGGAGAAAAUUAUAUCUGCAGCCCUUCAAAAUAGCGCUGGAUGUUCUGCCGUGUAUCUGUGCAUGGAAAUGUUUCCUUGAUGAAAGCACUGACUGUUUUGAAAUAUAACAAUGUGAAGGAGAGUAUUAUGUAAAAAUGAGUUCUUGGGAAUGUAUGUUGUGAAUUUCUUGGUUACAUAAAGCGAUAAAGAGGACAUGCUCCUUAAAGCUUGCUGUUCAGGCUGUUUUCUGUUUUGACAGUGGUGUGGUGUGUUUGCUGGCAAAUUGAGCUUAGGAACAUGGCAAAGGGAUGCAUAUACAGUUCCUAGUUAGAACUUUUUGUUAUUUAUUAAAGCUUGGCAUGCUAAACUGUCAUUUCUUGGAAAGCUGUAGAAGAAAUGCAAUGUUAGCAGUUACAAAGGAGGCAGCCUGACUAAUCUAGAGGAAUAUUUAAUUUGCAUCUUUGAAUUCUGUAAGUAAAAAGGUUGAGUAGUCAUCCUUGUGGAUUAUGUUAACUUACAUCCUAGCGCCAAAGGACUUAAUGAAAACUAAUUAGUUAGGCAGAAGAAACAGCCAGGCACCAAGACUUUCUGAUGCUUCAUUUAUCUUAAAAAGAGUGUUUGGUACUGCACCCAUUGGCUGCAAGGGGGCACGUGAAAGCUGGGGUUAUACUUUGUGAAUUGGACUUAAUUCCAAUAAAAUUCUGAGAUUUUUCUAUAUUCUUGGAUUGAGAGGGAGAGCAGUGAGUGUUGGCAAUCCUUAUUAGUCAAAUGAUACCAUGUUAACGUCUGUAGGUGUAGUUAAAAAAGUUAAAAAAAAAAAUACGACUUGGGUCCCAAACAAGAUGCUGUGUUAUGCCCUGCUGCCUGAUUCCUUGAAGUUAAAAAUCAAAGGGGCUAUCAAGAAAUGAGCCGUUCCUGUUCAUCAGUUCUUCCAAAAACCUUUAUUAGGUAAAAGGUACCAAGUACAGGGCUAAGCUUCAGGUAGUCUGGCCAAUAUGUUUUGUUUUAUUUGUAACCUUAUUGUGGUUUCUUUGUUACCCUUGAAAAUAAUGGAAAAUUAUUCAUUGUAAUCAAUGUCUGGUAAUGGGAAAACUUGAAAACUGAUGUCUUCAGGUCACGCUCUUCUCUUGUGUGCAGUGAAUCCAUAUCUAGUGGUUUUACAAACUUUAUUUUCCACUGAGUAUGAGCUGGGGCGUACGUCUGUCAAAUUUUAUUGUGGUUUUGCACUUUAUUAAAAAUACCUGAGUAGCUAAAGAUAAGUUUCUCUUAAGGAUUUCUAAUACAGCAGUUGGUGUUGCAAAAUGCUAUUAGAAAAUUUCAGCUGUGAAUGUGGAUUAUAAUUGAUAAGAUGAUGUCAAC